AUGCAUCCUUCUCUUCCAUUUACUAGCAAAUCACCCUCAGUGGGGGAUUCAGCAGGCUGGAUUAUUCCACCAUAUCCAACAUUCUACAAUAAUUGGACACAUUCCCAUUUCAUAAGAGCAGGCGAUUCUAUUGAAUUCCUGUUCGAUGACAAAUUCUACAACCUAAUUCAAGUAUCACAACAAGAGUACGAGCAUUGCACAUCUCUUGAGCCUCUAAGGAUAUUCAAUAGCAGCCCAGUAAUUCUUCCACUGAAGGAGAAAGGUGUGCUGUUCUUCACAUGCAGCAUCUCUAACUACUGUUGUCUAGGCCAGAAGAUAGCGAUUUCUGUUCAUGAAGGUUCUUCACAAAACCCCCCAUCACCAUCACCAUCACCUUCACCAUCACCAUUACCCUCUCAAGUGCCAAUCAUAAUCUCUCCUCCACAGCUAUCACCAAAUGGAUCUGCUCCUCAACCUCAUGGAUCUAGUGGCAUAAGUAGCCCCCAACCUUCUACUGGAAACACUUCAGGAGGCAAUGGUGGGAACUCUCCUGUGCCAUCUUCCACUCAAGAUGAUGUGAAUAAUGCAGUGGCCUUGGCAUGUGGGAUAAGUUUCUCUCUGUCUCUGGGGAAAAAGGUAAAAUUUUCCAUUGCAACAUUGCCUGAAAACCAAAACCAUGGACAGGCAUUGAUCAAAUUUAACAUGGCAAGCACAGAUCACAACGAUUAUCUUAGAGCAUUACAUCAUUUCUAG